GAAAACCGCCCAAACGCCUCCAGCACUCAUCCAGGGGCCUCCAGGACAUCGGGCAGCGCCCACCCCAGCGCGGAUCCUGCAGCCACACUACCCUCAAACUCAAAGGAUCUGGACCGAAAUUGUGGAAGGACUCCUCUGCUUAGUGUGACCUCAGAAUCUACAGCUACUGAACAGUUGAAUAUGAAGCGCUGGGUGAUCCCCAUUACACUGGGUCUGACUGUCUGCAUACUUGUUACGCUGGUGCUGACCCUCCUGGCCACUAAAAGCACCCUUCAACCAGGAACCAAGUUUGGACUCGUGUUUGAUGCUGGCUCCUCCCACACAUCCCUCUUCAUGUACCAGUGGCCAGCGGACAAGGAGAAUGACACAGGCGUGGUCAGCCAGACCAUGACUUGUGAUGUGACGGGUGAUGGCAUCUCCAGCUAUGCCCAAAAACCUGAAGCUGCGGGAAAAUCCUUGAAGCCAUGUUUAGAUAAAGCAAUGGAGUUGAUCCCAGCAGCACAACUGACCCAGGUGCCCGUGUACCUGGGGGCCACAGCAGGGAUGAGAAUCCUCAGCCUGCAGGACCCAAAAGCUGCUAAUCAGGUCUUGGCUGAGGUGAGCAAGACCAUCCAGGAGUACCCCAUGGAUUUCCGAGGAGCUCGGAUCAUCUCUGGUGCUGAGGAAGGAGUCUAUGGUUGGAUCACUAUUAACUACCUCCUGGAUACCUUCAUUAAGUAUUCAGUCAAGAAUAAAGGCUGGAUCCACCCUCCAGCAACCAAGAUGCUUGGGGCCCUGGACCUGGGAGGAGCUUCAACCCAGAUCAGCUUCUUCCCCAGUGGAUCCAUUGCAGACCCAACCACUGCCUCCCACUUUCGUCUGUAUGGUUUCAACUACACCAUCUAUACACAUAGCUACCUGUGCUAUGGACAGGCCCAGGCUCAGAAGCAGGUGAUCGUGAAGUUGACCCAGGAGUCCCAGGGCACCCCUGGUCGGAUCCAGCAUCCCUGUUUUCACAAGGGCUUUGAGGAGAAAGUGACGGCACAAUCUAUCUAUGACAGUCCCUGCACAGCCUACUUGCAGCCAAGUGGUGUCAACUUGAACCAGGAGAUGAUACUGGUGGGCACAGGCAAUGUCACUAAGUGCCGGCAGGCCAUCAGAGCCAUCUUCAAUUUUACUGCCUGUGGCCCCCACCAUUCCUGCGCCUUCAAUGGUACCUACCAGCCUGACGUGAACGGCCAGUUUUUUGCUUUCUCAGCCUUCUACUACACCUUUGCCUUCCUCAACAUCACCUCAGGCCAAUCUCUGGUGGAAGUCCUGAACAUCAUUGAGCAUUACUGCAGCCGGAAUUGGACAGAUGUGACUGCCAGUUACCCCAAACAGAAUUUGCAGUGGCUUCAGGAUUACUGUGCUAAUGCCAACUAUAUCCUCAUACUCCUCCUGGAAGGCUACAAGUUCUCCGAGAAGAGCUGGACCUCCAUCAUUUUCCAACAGAAAGAACCAGGAUGAUGGUUUUGAACCCUGAUUAUACUCCUUUCUUAUACUCACCAAAAGCCACAUUAGAUUAUUUUCAUUUUCCACCAAUAUUUGGCCUUCUGGAUGAUCUGAAAAUGACCGUCAAUCAGUCAGUCAAUAAACAUUUCUCAAGCCCUUACUAUCUGUCAGGCACUGUGCUAAGCACUGAGAAUACAAAGACAAACAAAAGACAGUUCCUGCCCUCAGAUUCCUGCUUCCAGUCUCACAGGGGAGAGAACAUGUAAAUGACUGUGUUUGACAAGCUACAUAUAGAAUAAAUUGGGAAAAAUCAACAGAGGGAAGGCACUAACACUGAGGAGAGUUGGUUGGAAAAGACUUUCUAUGAAGGGUGAAAUUUUCACUGGGACAUCAGGGAAGCCAGGAGGCUAAGAUUUGAAGAGAGAGCAUUCCAGGUGUGGGGGAAUAGCCAGUGAAAAUGCCCAGAGAGGGUCAGCUGGGUGGCUCAGUAAAUAGAAAGCCAGGCCUGGAGUCAGGAGGACCUGGUUUCAAAAAGAAAAUACCCAGAGUCAGGAAAUGGUCAGAAUCUUGUUUGAGGAGCAGCAAGAAGGUCAGUGUCCUAGAUUGAAGGGAGGGUAGAGCAUAAGAUGUGAACAGACUGUACAGGUGAGGCUCUGAAGGGCUUUGAAUGCUAAACAGACGAUUUUCUAUUUGCUCCUGAAGGUGUCUGGAACCAUAGAGUUGAUUGAGUAGGGGGUAAAACAGUACCUGCAUUUUAAGAAAACCACUUUGACAAUUGAGAGUGGGGUGAACUGGAGUUGGGAGAGGCCUGUGGUAGGGUAGAUAAAUCAGCGUUCUCUUGCAAUAGUCCAUUCCUGAGGGGCCUAGAUGGUGGUAGGGUCAGAAGAGAGAAGGAUGUGUAUGUGAGAGUGGUUCCUAAGUUAACAUCAACAGACCUUGGCAACAGAUUGGAGCCUGGGGAAGGAGGGAGAGUAAAAAAGUCAAGGAUGAAGCCUAGACUGGGAACUUAGGUGACUGGGAGGAUAAUGGUAUCUUCAGUGGUCACCGGGUAGUUAGGAAGAGGGUAGGAUUUUCAGGGAAAGAUAAUAAGUUCAGUUUUGGGACACUUUGAGCUUAAGAUGUCUAUGGAAUAUCCAGUUUGAGAUGCCCAAUAGGCAGUUAGAAGUAUGAGUCUAGAGGUCAGCAGAGAGGUUAAGGCUGGAUAAGGAAAUCUGAGAAUCAUCAGUGUCAAUAUGACCAUUGAAUCCACAGGAAUUAUGGUUUUCUUGUGGGUUAUUUUUGCAUGGAAAAUUCACCUAGUACCACCCUCCCCCCUUCCUCCGCUCCCCUCCUGGCCCCUUCCUGCCCAUAUCUAGUUGACUGGCAUUGGUCUGGGACAAAAGUGUUAGGCAGGAAGUUGGGCCCAGAGGAAGCCCAAACUCUGUGAGGAAACAGGAGGGAAACCCACACAUUCUUUCCGAAAGGGCCUUCAGGAGGAGCCUAGGGAAUCCCAUGUGAAUGAAAAGGAGAGGGUGUCCAAAGUCCAACUCUAUGAAGCUUUCCUGUCAUCCCCUCCCUCACCCCCCUUCUCUCUCUUCUCCCCAUCUGCUUCCCCCACAUGACCUGAAGUGAAAUAUGCAAACAACCCUUGAGUCUGGACUUACUAAGACAAAAGUUAAAGUUUCUAUAUUGAUGUUUCUGUGGAAAAAAAUUCAGACAAAAAAAUGAAGGAAGAAAGUGAACUAUUGUAUGCUUUGGUCUGAAUUCAGACUCCAUUGGUUUUUUCUCUGGAAGCAAUAGAUGUUCCUCAUCACGAACGAGUCCUUCAAAGUUAGUUUCUCAAACAGCUUUUAACUAGGAGACCAAGAAGCAACAAACACAAACAGUAAACAUAAGAACAGCUGGCAAGUGGGAGGGCACUUCUGAUCCACAGAAAUGAAGAAGGAAGUGAGACUUUCUGGUUGACAGGAAGGAGGAGCUGGGGAUGCCCUGAGUCCAGAGGUCCUAUAUUUAGAACAGAAAGAGACCUAAGAGGUUAUCUGUUCCCUGCUUACAUUUGAUGAGGAAAUGAGAACUCCUACAUGAGAAGUAACUUGUCCAAGGUCACAAAGGUUAUAAAUCGCAGAAUCAAGAUCUGAGCCCAGGUCCUUUCUUUUAAGUAAGAUAAUGCCUCUUUGGUUCAGCCCAAGUUAGACAAACCAGGAGUCCCUAGAAUUCUGAGGUGCCCCCAAUUUGGUUCAUUUCUUCAGUGUUUUCCUUCAAGAUGCAUCCCUAUUUUGUAGUGAAAAAAAAAGUUGGAUUUGGAGUCAGAGGAUCUGGAUUGAAAUCUGAUCCUGAAUUAGCCAUUACGACUUCUCUGAGUCUCUGUUUUCUCAUUGUAAAAUGGGGGUAGCCAUAUUCCUAGAACUAAUUUGUAGAAGCAUAAGGACAGAAAUAAAAAUUUUGCAAAGAACUAUUCAAUGUGAAUUAAUGGCCCCAGCGUCAAGUGGCAAUGAGAAACCUCUUAGUAAUAAUAUAUCUGAGGCACACAAAGGUUUUAGGUUAAGAUAAGAAACUCUGCCAGCAUAAGGGUUCCUAGCCAUGACCUCUGCUCUAACUCCCCUCUGUCCC